GAGAGGAGAAGGACAUUUUGGAGCGAGAUGGCGAGAGGGAUGGUGGCAUCGUUCCUUUAUGGAUUCCUGCUCCUGGCUUGGUGGAGACCUUCACUGCAAGGAGGUGUAUACAUACCUACUGGGGCUGGAUUAGGAACUGGAGCAGAACCCGGAACAGGAUUUGGACCGGGUAGACCUGGCACCGGCUUUGGGCCUGGUGGUGCAGGUACUGGAUUUGGGCCAGGUGGCGCAGCUGGAGUUGGACCAGGAGGAGCUGGCACAGGCUUUGGGCCUGGUGGGGCAGGUACUGGAUUCGGGCCUAGUGGCGGAGCUGGAGUUGGACCUGGAAGAGCUGGCACAGGCUUUGGGCCGGGUGGUGCAGGUACUGGAUUUGGGCCAGGUGGUGUAGCUGGAGUUGGACCAGGAGGAGCUGGCGCUGGAUAUGGGCCUGGUGGUGCAGGAACCGGAUAUGGGCCAGGUGGUGGAGGUGGGGUUGGACCAAGUGGAGGAGCUGGGGCAGGUCCCAGUGGGGCUGGCACUGGUGGAGGUUACAUCAAGCCAGGGAAGACAGGAGCUGGCUACAGUGGUCAGGGUAUAGGCCAAGGAUCGCUGGGGGCCGGAGGUCUGGGAGGAGGAGGUCUUAGGCCAGGAGGAGUUGGACCAGGAAGCUUUGGGCCUGGCGGGGGACUAGAAGUUGGAGGCCUUGGGGCAGGAGGAGCUGGUGGGAAGCCAUCAAAAACAGGAGCUGGCUAUGGAAGUCGGGGUCCUGGAGGACAAUGGGGUGGACUGGGAGCUGGAGGUCUGGGUGGAGGAGAUCUCAGACCAGAAGGGGUUGGUCAGGGAGGUUAUGGACCAGGUGCUGGUCGCGGCCCUGGUUUCGGUGGUGGUUACGGACCUGGUGGUGGUUUAGGUGCUGGGGGUCUUGGAGCAGGAGCUGGAGGAAAGGCUGGAAAGACAGGUUCUGGCUAUAGAGGACAUGGUCCUGGAAGACAGGGGUCUGGAAUAGUAGCUGGAGGCUAUGGGCCCGGUGGUGCCGGAGCUGGACCAGGUGGAGCUGGAACUGGACCAGGUGGAGCUGGAACUGGACCAGGUGGAGUUGGAGUUGGACCAGGUGGUUAUGGGCCAGGUGGAGCUGGAACUGGACCAGGUGGUUAUGGACCUGGUGGCGUUGGAGCUGGACCAGGUGGUUAUGGGCCAGGUGGAGCUGGAACUGGACCAGGUGGUUAUGGACCUGGUGGAGUUGGAGCUGGACCAGGUGGUUAUGGACCUGGUGGAGUUGGGGCUGGACCAGGUGGAGUUGGGGCUGGACCAAGUGGUUAUGGACCUGGUGGUUAUGGACCAGGUGGAGUUGGGGCUGGAUUAGGUGGCUUUGGUCCUGGUACAAGUCUUGUUCCUGGAGGAGCUGGGGCCGGUCUGGGUGGUGGUUAUGGAUCUGGCAGAGGAGCAGGAGAGGGUGGAAAGCCUUCCAAAACAGGAGCUGGUUACGGAGGUCAGGGUCCUGGAGGACAGGGGGGUGGACUUGGAGCUGGAGGAUAUGGGCCUGGUGGAGCUGGGACUGGACACGGAGGAAAUGGGCCUGGUGCUGUUCUUAGCCAGGGAGGGGGUGGACCUGCGGGCUACGGAAAUGUUCUUGGACCUAGUGGAGCUGGUUCGGGUGGUGUUGGUAGUGGACUUGGAGCUGGAGGACUCAGUGCUGGUGGCUUGGGGGCAGGAGGUCAGGGAGCAGCAGGCCUUGGUGCUGGAGGCUUGGGAGGAGGAGGUCAAGGAGCCGGAUUCAGACCAGGAGGAGGCUAUGGUGGUCCAGCUGGCGGUUUAUACCCUGGAUCUGGAGGAGCAGGCCAGAAGCCCCCCAAAACAGGAGCAGGAGGUACACUAGGAGGAACUGGGCCUGGUGGGGCAGGGGGAUAUGGUCCUGGAGGUGCAGGAACUGGACCUGGUGGUGCGGGUGGAUUUGGUCCUGGCGGUGCAGGAACUGGGCCUGGUGGGGCAGGGGUAUAUGGUCUUGGAGGUGCAGGAACUGGGCCUGGUGGUGCAGGUGGAUUUGGUCCUGGCGGUGCAGGAACUGGGCCUGGUGGUGCAGGGGGAUAUGGUCCUGGAGGUGUGGGAACUGGUCCGGGUGGUGCCGGUGGAUUUGGUCCUGGCGGUGCAGGAACUGGGCCAGGUGGUGCAGGGGGAUUUGGUCCUGGCGGUGCAGGAACUGGGCCAGGUGGUGCAGGUGGAGUUUUCCCCCGGUGGUGGUUUUGGGCCUGGUGGCGCAACUUUGCCAGCUGGAGCUUUACUUCCGCGUACUGGAGUCCCUGGUGGUGGAGUCGGGGGGAAGAGCGCUGGGAAGGCCAGUAAACAAGUGCCAGGUG